AUGCAUCUCGGACUUCUCAUCCUCUCCGCCCUGCCAACGACCUGGGCAGCCCACGCCUACACCGUCCCGCCAGGCCUCGUUCUUCUAGAAGCCGACGAGACCAACUCGUGCGUGCUCCCCGACGCCUACCACAUCCUCAACUUCAAGGGCCAGUCCAAGGACGGCGGCAAGACGCUCUCGGCCUUUGACUUUAACUUUGAGGACGAGGACACCAAGGUCAAGACGCCAUGCCACAAGAACUCGUCGUCCAAGGUCGUUAGCAGCCCGGGCUCUCCGCGGUAUGCGUGUGACAACGCGGCUGUCGAGUUCCUUUGGGACGACGACGACCAGAAGCUCUGGAUGAUGGAGAAGGUCUGUGAUGGCGCUGACGGAACUGCACAAUGGGAGGCCGGUGGCAGUGCCAUAAUCUCGCUCAAGUGCGGGAGAUCAGGCAGCUGCACAAGCAACUCGACGGACCAUCGGGCAUUGUUCACCAGCCUCAACCCUGUGAGGAAGACACCGCCGUCUUAA